UAUGUGACUCGAAGUGUGCAGUACUACCUCAGCUGCAUCCUAGACCUGGUUAGGGAAAUAUAAGUACUCUCUGAGGAUCUGUGCGAGUCAGGCUUAAGGAAACACCAGUGAAAAUGGGUCGUGUUUUUGUGUUGUGCUUUUUGUGUGUUCUCGAUUUUGGAUUGUGCUACGUGAACCUGGCGGACACAGAAUGCGGUGCCCAAACAUUCCGUAGCGCUCGGAUAGUGGGUGGUACUAACAGUCUUCCCGCGGAGUUCCCCUGGGCGGCCAGUAUUUGGAGACAGGGGACACACCAGUGUGGAGCCACUGUCAUCAGUGAUAGGUGGCUGUUGACAGCUGGACAUUGUGUAUGCAGUGUGUUCGAUGAAUUCUACAAGGCGAAACAACUGUCUGCUGUCGUGGGCUACACUGAUAUAUCCACGUCAGAACGAAACGAAGCUUUGUCAAAAAUUAUUCCACACCCUGAAUACAGAUGUAAGAAAAAGACCAACGACGUUGCUCUACUAAAAACCAUUCGUCAACUGGUCUGGAGUAAUCUGCUUCGACCGGCAUGCCUGCCUCAGCCAUUGGCUCCAGAUUUUAGUGGAAAGUUAGCUACAGUUGCUGGAUGGGGAUUUACUAAUGAAGAUAGAGGGAUCGGUGAAAGACCCAACAUCCUCCAAAAGACUGACGUGAUUGUUGUUGACAACGACGACUGCAACAGUUGGUACAAGUCCCAAGGCAGUAAGGUCACUAUCAUCGGUACACAAAUGUGCGCAGGUCAUGAGCAAGGUGGAAGGGACUCUUGUUGGGCUGACAGCGGUGGUCCCCUCAUGAUGAAGAGCGACAGCGGCAGGACCAUGGUUAUUGGAGUAGUCUCGACUGGUAGUGGCUGUGCUAGAGUCAGAAUGCCUGGUAUCUACACAAGGAUAUCUAGAUACACAGCGUGGAUCCAAGAAAGCGUAGCUGAUGAUUCUACUAGGUCUUUAAAAUCUUUCUUUAAGUUCUCUAGGAGUUAG